GAAGUCAGACUGAUAAUAUCGCAACUUACAAGUCCUGUCUCAGUUACUCUCAAAAUUGUAAAUAAACAAAAUAACUUGGGUGUUGGAAGUUGGGACACUGAUCUAAUAAAUAAAAUGGUUUAUCUACAUUUCCCAUCUAAUUUGACGGAAGAGGAGUUGAUGUUGCAAGCAAAGUAUCAAAAAUUGAAAAAAAAGAAAAAAGCUCUUCAGGCAUUAAAAGCUCCUAAGCAGGAACCUGAAAAACCUAUAUUGCCUAAAAGACCUACCGAAGCAAGAGAUGCGCGUGAAAUAGCACGAAAAUUAAUAAAGAGCGGAGCUAUUCAAGCUAUAAAGAGUCCACCACCUCAACCGCAGAACGCAACAUUUAAACGGCCACGGGCAGGCAGAGAACGGAAGCUAAGUGGUUCUGCAGGUGGGGCAGGAGGAGUGGCGUCAUACCAACCAUUCAGUGCUUCCCAAGAACCACCACCACCUGAAGAAAAACCUGCACCACGGGUUAAAUACCUUUAUGACUCGUUUGUCACAAGCAGAGACAAAGAUGAGAAAUCACCACGGCCUCAGGUUCCUGGUUCAGAUACUCGCACCAGUUGUCAAUUCGCGAGUUGCACACUUCAAGUAAUGGGAGCAAAAAUCAGUGAGGAAGUACUCAGACGUCGCCUCACAACAUUUGAACCAUUUACAUUCGCACAAGAGCCUGAUGAUGAAAAAAUCUUUUUGACAUUCGACAGUCCAGAUAUAUGUGGGCAUGCACAAGCAGCUAUAGAGAGCUUUGAGGAGGGAUGGCGCGUGACGCCUGCGCGGAGACCGCCGCAGCAGGCGGGCGCGUGGACUCCCGCGCCGAACAACCGGGGCGCGCCUCCUCCUAAAGAUGCCAAACGAACACUAUUAACUUAUGAUGAUAUGUUUGAAUAAAGUAGUUCUAUUAGUUUUA